UAGGUGCAGAGGAGACAACAGGAAAACGGGCGGAGCCGCGCGCCUAGUAUAAAGAAUCGGUGCCGUAGGUUUGCCUUCAUUUGCGCGUCUGUGUGCAAGAAACGGAGCUUAGAUCGCCCUGCCGAGGGAAAAUUCAAGCAUACAACAUGGACGAUUAUGACUAUAUCACAUCUGAGGAAAUUGAAAAAAUAAAAGUGGCAAUGGAAUCUAAUGGCUUAGAAAGAGCAGCAGCUGUAAUUCAGGCUCACUUGGAGUCCUCAGACAACGUAGAGCUGAAUAUUGCCAUCACUGGUGAAUCUGGAUCUGGGAAAUCCACCUUUGUGAAUGCCUUCAGGGGUCUCGAUGACGAACAUCCAGAGGCUGCGUCCAGUGGUGUGACAGAGACUACUGUGGUGCCAACCAAAUAUACCUAUCCAAAGUUUGACAAAGUAUUUAUCUGGGACCUUCCAGGAAUAGGAACGCCAAAUUUUAAAGCUGAAGAAUAUCUGGAGAAAGUGAACUUUAAAACGUAUGACUUUUUCAUAAUUAUUGCUUCAGAACGCUUCAAAUCUAGUGGCGUGCAACUUGCCAAUGAGAUUCAAAAAAUGAAGAAAACAUUUUAUUUUGUCAGAUCUAAGAUUGAUGACAGCCUGAGGGCAGCACAAAGGAGAAAAAACUAUAAUGAAGAGGAGACCCUAGAACUGAUCCAACAAGACUGUGUUAGAGGCCUACAGGAAUUAGACAUUUGCUCGCCCAAAGUCUUCCUGAUCUCUAGUUUUGAACUGAACCUCUAUGACUUCCCAAAAUUGGAGGAGACCAUUGAAAAGGAGCUCCCAAAGCAUAAAAGACAUGUUCUGCUGCUCACGCUGCCAAAUAUGAGCUUUCAGGUCAAUGAACGAAAACGCAAAUCAUUUCGAGCCAAUAUCUGGAAACUCGCCACUGUGUCGUGUUUGGUUGCAACUGUGCCCAUCCCAGGGCUGUCUGUUGUGUGUGAUGUCACCAUCCUAGUCACAGAGCUGAGAAAAUAUUACAAGGCCUUCGGUCUUGAUGACGAAUCUCUUCAGAAUCUAGCUAACAGAGUCAAAAAGCCUAUCCAAGAGCUGAAAUCUGUGCUCAAGUCCCCUCUGACAGCAGAGAUCUCCAAAGAUGUUGUUAUCAAGUUGCUGACCAAGUUUGCAGGUGCAAAAUAUAUGGUUGUAGAAUAUGUAUUUACCAAUAUCCCAGUUAUUGGGUCAGUCAUAGCGGGGAGUAUUUCCUAUAAAACAACAUCUAUGAUGCUUCAUAGCUGCUUAAAUGAAUUGGCAGAUGAUGCAAGCAACGUCUUGAAAAAGGCCUUUGAAUCUGAAAUGUGAGGAAAAAGGGGUCAGAUUGUACUAGACGGCACAGUUCAAGGAUCCAUUAGGUGUGAAAAGCAGCAUGACUGGCUAAUGUAGACAGUAAAAAUACCUACACAAUUAGCAACAAGAUUGAUAUUAACAGUAGAAUUGUGUUUUAACAAAUUCAUCAAAAGACCACCAGGUCAUACCUACUAAAAAACGCACGCAGGCAACCUUUUAUUAUUUCCAUUGGCUACAUAUGAUUAAGAGCAACUGUCUUGUAUUCUUUGGCUUCUCCUAUUGCCUAAGUGGUCAGACAAUGGCCCUAUCUGAUAUGAUUUUCAGUUUCUAAUUCCAACUGGUGUUAAAAACAUAAAUUGCAUUGGUAGGAGAUAUCGCUUGAAGAUUUCCUC